AUGAGUUCUAGCUUUGAACCUAAUCCAAUACAUUUAUGUCAAUCCAAAAAUGACUGGCUUGACUUUCAAAAAGAGUUUUAUCAACUCGCCAUGACACUCAAUUUCGUUAACAAGAAUAUUCAAUCCUACAUGGAUCAAAGAGUGCCACUCCAUCUCAAUCUAAAAACUAAAAUUAAACCUAUGAAAUCAAUCAGUUGA